AAGAGAGAGAGUUCCAAUGAAGUUAAUUGGGAAGAUCUCAUGAAUAAUUUGACAAUUCUGGAGCAGAAACUAAAUGAAGCUAAGACAAAGUGUUUGCUCCUUAGCCAGAAGGCAGAAGAGUCCAAAAAAGAACUGGAUAAAGCUAUGACAACAGCAAUUAAGCAGGAAACAGAAAAGGUUGCAGCCAUAGAACAGCUGGAAGAAAGCAAAAAUACAAUAGAAAAUCUUUUGGAUUGGUUAUCAAAUGUGGAUAAAGAAGCAGAGCAUGGCCGGAAGUUUAAACAAGUGAUAGAACAGAAUGGAACACACUUUGAAGAAGGAGAUGUGAAAGUUUUGGAAGGAGAGGAGGAUGAUGUCAAUGGUAAUUUGCUGGAAGACAUUGAAACUCAGGUGGAUGGACUAGUAAAAAGCAUAGAUGAUAAUCUGAACCAGCAGUAUCAGAAAGUCAAGGUAUUGUUACUGAGUUUAUUAAACAUUUAGGUGUAUCACUCCUUAUUCAGCAUAAGUGAACUCAAUCUCAUCCUGUCUGUUGUAGGCUUUGGAGCAA